GCUCGGUAGAUGGAGAACAUCGAAGAUGGGUCAACUUCGGUAAUCAAUACCUGUGAUAGUUCCCCGCAGACGUCACUUUCGCUGUGCGGAGAAAUUGGCACCCUCGGCACCAUGUCUCCCCUGACCUCCCCGUGGGGAACAAGACCAAGGACUGAAUUCUGUAUUCACUUGCCCCUUACUUUUCCUGCAGUAUAAAAACACAGCUGAUUUCGCCUGAAAGAGUUGUGACUAGCCUUCAAACACCUGGAUUCUAUAUUCACCAUGAAAAAGUUCGCUUCUCUCCUCGCCCUCUCGACCUUGGCGACUUCUGCCUUCGCGCACACCAUCUUCCAGCAACUUUACUUCAAUGGUGUUGAUCAAGGUCACAUCAACGGAAUCCGUGUCCCCGACUACGACGGCCCUAUCACGGAUGUCACCUCCAACGACGUCAUUUGCAACGGAGGAAUUAACCCUUACCAUCAACCGAUUUCCAAAGCUGUAUUGACUGUGGCUGCUGGCUCUCAAGUCACGACUGAGUGGCACCACACUCUUAAUGGUGCCGAUCCUUCUGACUCAGCUGAUCCCAUCGACCCCAGUCACAAAGGCCCCGUUUUGGUCUACUUGGCCCAAAUUCCAGAUGCAACUCAAUCGAGCGUCACCGGCUUGAAGUGGUUCAAGAUUUACGAGGACGGCCUGACCAGCGACGGCAAGUGGGGGGUCGAUCGUCUCAUCGCCAACAAGGGCAAGGUCACUUUCACCCUUCCCAGUUGCAUUGCCGCCGGACAGUACCUUCUUCGAGCUGAGAUUAUUGCUUUGCAUGCGGCUGGAAGUUACCCUGGUGCUCAACUUUAUAUGGAAUGCGCCCAACUUAGUGUCACCGGCGGCGGCAACGUUUCUCCAGCUACCGUAAGCUUCCCUGGUGCUUACAAGGGUACUGAUCCGGGCAUCACGAUCAACAUCUACCAGUCAUUGAGUGGCUACACUAUUCCUGGUCCCCCGGUCUUCACCUGUAGCGGCUCCGGUAGUGCUCCUGCUCCGCCAUCGACCACCGCCGCACCACCUCCGACUACCGUCACUGCUCCUGCUCCACCGCCGACUACGUCCUCCACCCAAGCGACAGCUGAACAUUACGCCCAGUGCGGAGGUAUUGGUUUCAAUGGCCCGACUACUUGCGUCGCUCCGUUCACCUGCGUGAAGUCAAGCGACUACUACAGCCAGUGUCUGUAAGACCGGUGUUUGGUGCAGAGACGUUGCCGUAAUCGGUGUUGGAGGGCUUUUAGGAUACGCUUGUCGUACAUUUCCGCCCUGUCCAUCAGCAUUGUUUCUCAAAGUUCAAACCUUGCGAGCAAGAGAAUGACUUCUGUCCCUUGCCAACGCAUGAGGUACCGUCUUCUCGAUCUUACGUUUGUUAUCUGGAACAUCCGCAUGAGGUGAAUGACAAGUAGGUCUACGUCCUAUGAUCCUGCGUCGGUUUUGCUCGCACCAUUCUCGGAAAGCGGAAUCGCAUCGUCUUUCUCCGCAUCCCCGAGGCCCAGCAUCGAAAGACCAUCUGUUCGCUCCACCUGAGGGCAACACGUCAGUCUCUAU